CGCGAGCAGCGAGGGCAGAGCAACAGCACAUAAAGGAAGAGACAACGCGUCAUUGUUCAGGGACAAAGAUGGACAGUGUGCUGGACCCCUUCUCCGGACUCGACUCCUUCUCCUCCCCUCCUUAUUUCGACGAUGACGACUUUUUCACCGACCAGUCAUCGAGGGACGGACACUUGGACACUGACGACUUUCUGGAUGACGACGUGGACUUCCUCACGAGUCAUUUCCAAGACUAUUACAGCAAAGACUGCGGCGGCAGAGCGGCGCCGCACGAUGGAGACUACGACAUCGGCAACCUGUCCUUCUCCUCCUCGUCCUCCACAUUCUCGUACGGCUGCGCAGACAGCACCCCGGACCUGUCCCCUCAGAUGGGCCACCACGGCGGGCCGCUGCUGAAGCGGAGGCGGCGGAUGAGGUCUGAGACGGAGAUGCAGCAGCUGCGGCAGGCGGCCAACGUCAGGGAGCGGCGGAGGAUGCAGUCCAUCAAUGACGCGUUCGAGGGGCUCCGCUCCCACAUCCCGACCCUGCCCUACGAGAAGAGACUGUCUAAGGUGGACACUUUGCGGCUCGCCAUUGGAUACAUCAACUUCCUCGCCGAGCUCGUGCAGUCGGAUCUGCCCAUUAGAAACUCCAGCAGCGAGACGCACGUGCAGCCCAAGAAGGUCAUUAUCUGCCACAGAGGAACAAGGUCUCCCUCCCCCAGCGACCCGGACUACGGCCUCCCUCCCCUGGCCGGUCACUCUCUGUCUUGGUCGGACGAGAAGCAGCUCCGUGAACAGAACGUCAUUCGCACCGCCAAGGUGUGGACACCGGAGGACCCCCGGAAACUGCACAACAAAGCGGGCCUCACAGACAUUGAAAAUGAGCCUCCUUUCGGCCUCGUGGCCUGAAAACAAACCGCACAUAGUGAAUGUGCAGACUGUGUAUUAUGUUAAAGUCCGUUAAUGUGCACUGGAAGGCGCAUUGUGAAACCGUGAACACCGUGUGAGCUCACUGUACAGUCUAUGAUAUUGUGUUUCAAUGUUGUAAAUAGUUUUAUCACGUUGAUAAUUUUAUUUUUUGUAAUUCAGGCUACUGGCAAUCAUGUAUUUAUUGUUUUUACACAGGUGAUAAUAUAUGUUUUAAUUUAAUUGAAACGAAUGAGAGAGGAAAUUCUAUUGUUGUACGAUGAUUUAUAUUUAUAUUCACUCUGCAAAUAAAAGCACUUACUGAUAACAAA